CUUCAGGGGGGAACGGAGAACUGAGGGGGAGUGAGAAGUUUAGGGAAGAGCCCUCUUUCCUUCAGCUGCUGACGCGGAUGGGACUGUUUGUGCAACGACGCAGCGGCCCAUCGAAAAUCCAACAAUGUUAUCUGGGAUUAUAACUGUUUGGACCAUUCUUGCGGUAGCACAAUGUUACUUUUCCGAGGAAAAUUAUACCGACGAGUCAAAGAUGCAGCCGCCCACGGUCGUUAUAGUUGUAAUCGCACGGAACGCCGCUCAUUCUUUACCAUAUUACCUCGGAGCUCUCGAGAGAUUAAACUAUCCCAAAGAGCGCAUCUCUAUCUGGGCAGCAACAGACCACAACACUGACAACACAACAGCAAUCCUGCGAGAAUGGCUCACCGUCAUGCAAACACAAUAUCACUAUGUGGAGUGGAGACCUUUAGAUAAACCCACGUCCUAUGCGGGUGAGCUGGGGCCCAAGCACUGGACUAACGGCCGCUAUGAGUAUGUUAUGAAGCUCAAACAGGCAGCGCUGAACUUUGCCAAGAAACGCUGGGCUGACUACAUUCUGUAUUCAGACACAGACAACAUCCUGACCAACCCGGACACCCUGCACCUCCUGAUGGCGGAGAACAAGUCUGUUAUUGCCCCCAUGCUGGAUUCACAGUCAGCAUACUCCAACUACUGGUGUGGCAUCACUCCACAGGGCUAUUAUCGUCGUACCGCUGAGUACUUCCCCACAAAGCAACGUCAAAGGCUGGGCUGCUAUCCUGUCCCGAUGGUCCACUCCACUAUCCUGCUGGACCUGCGCAAACAGGGCACCAGGGAAGUGUCCUUCCACCCGCCUCACAAAGACUACUCCUGGCCCUUCGACGACAUCAUCGUUUUUGCCUUCUCCUGCAGGAUAUCGGAGGUUCAGAUGUAUCUGUGCAACAAGGAGCGUUACGGUUAUGUGAACGUACCGGCGAAGCCUCAUCAGACGGUCGAGGAUGAUCGAAUCAAUUUUGUCCACCUUUACCUGGAGUCUUUGAUCCAUGGGCCGCCCAUGUACGUCUCUCGCUAUGUCCACGUUCCUCCCAAACAGUCAGAUCUCAUGGGUUUUGAUGAGAUCUACUUGGUAAACCUGCGCAGACGUCCAGACCGCAGGGACAGGAUGUUAUGGUCGUUGUAUGAGCUUGAGAUUGAUGCUAAAGUUGUGGAUGCCGUAGAUGGAGCCGCUUUGAACAGCAGCGACAUUAAGAUUCUAGGUGUGGAUCUCUUACCUGGUUACUAUGACCCUUUCUCUGGGCGCACGCUGACUAAGGGAGAGGUCGGCUGCUUCCUGAGCCACUACUACAUCUGGAAAGAGAUGGUAGACAUGCAGCUAGACAAGGCGCUGAUCUUUGAGGAUGACAUGCGUUUCCAAGUCAACUUUAAACGCCGUCUGAUGCGGCUGAUGGAGGAGGUGGAGCAGGCGGAGCUGGACUGGGACAUCAUAUACCUGGGCAGGAAGAAGGUGAACCCUGGAGAGGAGGUGGCAGUGGAGAACGUGAGGAAUCUGGUGCACGCCGAUUACUCCUACUGGACGCUGUCUUACGCCAUCUCUCUCCAGGGAGCUCAGAAGCUCCUCAACGCAGAACCCAUAUCCAAGAUGCUUCCUGUGGAUGAGUUCCUACCCAUCAUGUAUGACAAGCACCCAAAUGAGGACUACAAAUCCCAUUUUCCCAAUCGGAAUCUGAUGGCGUACUCCACACACCCUCUUCUGGUGCAGCCCUGCCAUUACGCCGGGGACCCGGAGUGGGUGAGCGACACCGAGACCUCUACGCUGUGGGACGAUGACAACGUGCGCACGGACUGGAGGGGGUCCCAUAAAACUCUGAAGGGUUCGCAGCCACCGGCCGGUCUGCAGAGCGCCACCUACAAGGACGAGUUGUGAAGUACCUGUACAGUCCCAAAGCAUCAGAGACGGGUGGAGGGGUUAGAAUGAGUGCGCAGCUCUUUAUGAGGACACACGUCACUCAUCAGGGAGACCUCGAAACUGUGGACGAGACGAGCGAGGCCUGGGACCAAACAUUAGGAGGACACUUUCACUCCACAACAACAAAAAUCUAUUUUUAAAUCACUAUUUUUCUUGUUUUACAGUAUAGAUGUCUAAAUAUCUCCGACGAGAUACAUUUUCUUGUUAAGUAAAAGAAAAAAGAUAUUUAAUUGCGAGAUAUUAAGAUAUGUGUUCAGAUGAUAUAUCUUAAAUUAAAUUUAUUGGCAUUUUUCAACAAAAAGCAGUGAGGUUUAUGGCAAAACAAAAGCAACACACAAACAAGCAAAACAAUUUCCCAAUGAGAAAGAUACAAUUUUGAAAUAGAAAAAAAAUUGUUUUAAUGGAAAACAAGGUCCUGUAAAGGCAAUUUGGUACAGGGACUCUUAUAUUUGACCUCAGUUCAAGAGGGAAAAAGUUAUGUAUUUUAGGAGAGGGUUUUUGUCCAUUUCUUUGGUUAUUUUUUUCUUUCUUAACUAUAUAUUAGCAAUCACCUGGAACACCUGCAGGUGAUAGGUGUGUGGGAGAAAAGACCAAAUGAGUCGGGUCAAAAAUCUAAAAAAACAAGGAAAUCCCUCACACUAUCAAUACUUGCAAAUGAGUAUCAAAAUUAUAUUAGCAACACUUCGGUCUCAUGGCCUUCUUUGUAUAUGCCUGAUCAAGAUCAUGAGACCGAAAUGUUGCUAAUAAAAUUUGUAUACUCAUUUGCAAAUAUUGAUAGUGAGGGAUUUCCCUUUUUUUUUCUUAACUAUACAAAAAGGUCAUUUUAUGAAGUGGUGCAUUAGAAUUUUAUUACUGGAUUGUAUUUAAAGUUUAAACCGCUGUCGUGGGACUAUCAUGCUCAGACAAUCCAACAAACAGAGCUUGUAUAUUUGAUAUGAUCUGUGUUCAUUCUGUUUUUUUUCUGAUCCCAUCAUGUUCAUUUGUUCUUAUUUAUUUCUCUUCCCUGUCUUAUUCCCUUCUCUAACUCUCCAAAGUGAACAGCGGGACCAAAUGAAAUGACGUUACAUUAGUGUGCAUGGCAGUUCUGUUAAACUUGGUUGUUUUUGAAAUAAAAAUGUUUUUGAAAAAUUA